AUGAAUGGUUUGAAUGAGAAAAUUUUGAAAUAUUAUUUAAUUUUAAUGAGAUAUUAGUAACUAAUAACUCAUGCGAUCGAUCUAAUAAAAUCCUACAAUCCAGUGAUAUUGACACCUGACUCUCAUUGUGAAUAAUUCAUAUAAGAAAACUGUAAGAAGUUAUUCGACACUGAAAUCAUGUUUCUGAAAUAAGUAAACAUUUGAUUUAACUUUACAGGUAUUCUCUGGAGUGCAAAGAUACGAGGAAUUCCUAAAAAUCCUCACAAAAACAAUGUUUACAUUAUUGUCAAGUACUACCAAUCGCAAUGAUGGAACUCUCUAUCAAAUAUUUUCAUACCUAAUCAUCUUCAGAUUGGAUGAAUUACCUUAUAACGAAUUCAAAAAAAUGGUAACUGAAUAGGAUCCAGUCAAAAUGAAUGUGCUCUUGUAAUUCCUUUUUGAUAUUGAGAAAAUUCAAACUCACGUUAAACCUCUUUGGAUUGAAAUAUACGAUCCUCAAUACAUUUAAGAAACUGUUAUUGGUGGUCUCGAAUAACACUUUCCCAUGAUGAAGGAUUUGUUGAGCACUUUGAGUUCGAGGGCAACAGGCAAGUAAAGUGAAUUGGUGGAGGAAGAUGAAAGACCUCAAUCAGCUACAAAAAAAUAACCAACCAAAACCAUCCCAUUUAAAUUGAGUGAAACCAAAAAGAAACCUGAACCUCCUCCUCCUCCCAAACCUGAAUAGUACAAAAGCAAACCUGUUCCAACCUAUUUAAACAAAAGAACACUCUCAUAGGUUGAGGAGGAGAAUAAACAAAGACUAGAAUAAUCGAAGAAGAAAGUUUAAGACACUUAUAAAGAAGCCAAAUAAUUUGAAUUCAAAACCGAUCAGAGACCAACCAAUUAUGAAACAGUCAAAAAAGAGGUUGAAGACACUCUCAAUAAGCAAUUAUAAUUUAAUAUGAAGUAUGCUAGACCAGUACCUACUGAAUUGGAAGCUGCUGAAAUUAAAUUGAAUGCUGCUGCCAUUCUAAGAGAAGAAAUGUUACUUAAGAAGAAGUAGGAAAUUGAAAAGGAAAGAGUCAAGAAUCUGGAAGUCAAUCUUAGAGAUUCUGGAGAAUUUGAAGAAUGGAAAAAACAAUAAGAUGAAAUUGAGUAGAUUGCAAAAAUGGAACACUAAUAAUAAAAGAAAAUUGAAAUGGAAUUAGCAAGAGAAGCAGCAAUGAGAGCUUAGGAAGAUAAAUUCAAAGAAAAUAGAAUCUUGGCAGAAAAAAUGAAGGAAGAAGCCAUUGAAAGAUUAAAAGAAAGAUAGGAAUUGUAAUUAGAAUAAGUGGAACAUAAAAAGUAAUUGAUUGAGCAAAUUAUAGAGGCAGAAAAGAAAGUGCACAUUUAAGUUGAGAAAGUAUAAGAGAGGAAUAAAUAAAUGGCAGAAGAUCAAAAAUUAGAAAUGGCCAGAAAGUUGGAGUUAAAAAGAUAAGAAGAUGAACAAAUUAGAAUUAAAAGAGAAGAACUCAUUAAAUAAAUAAGAGAAUUAGAAAGAUAACCAAUCAAGAGAACUAAAGGAUAUGAUCCUACUGAAACAAUGGGAUAUGGGUUAUUGGAGGAAAUGUCAUUAGCCGAAUUAAGAGAUAGAUUAGAAGUUGUAAAGGCUGAAAGAAAGGCAGAAGAAGAAGAAAAGAGAAAAGAAAUAGUCUAAUCAAAAGAUGAAUAUUUAUCUUCAAUGUAGAAAAAAGUCCAGGAGAUUAAGGCGCAUAGAAGAGCUGAGUCAUAGUAAAAAAAUAUGGAGAGAGAAGCAAAGAAAUUGAAAAAGUAAAAGGAAGAAGAAUUGAGAAAGAAGAUUAGAGAAGAACAAUUGAUUGAGGUGUAAAGUAAGAUUAGCUAAAAGAAAUCAAUUAAAAGUGCAGAGGAAUAAAGAAUUGCAGCGGAAGUAAGAGAAACUAAACUCAGACAACAGUAUAUGAAUGCUAAUAAAGCUAUGGUUGAAAUGAAGGCUUGGAAAUCUCAACAAGAUGGUAAUUAUUUCAUUAUAUUUUAUUCAGGGUUGGAAAGAGAAAUUAAAAAUAGGCAAAAUGAAAAGUUGAUUGUUUAAGAAGGAAUAGAAUCAGUUAAUUUAAGAGAAAGGAAGAUUCUUGCAGAGUAAGCAAAGAGAUUAGUCAAGACUAAAGUGGAUUUCAAUUAGGCUUAUGAUAAAGAAUUGAAAACAGCUUAUCAAAUGAAUGAAGAACUUCAUAGAGAAGAAGCUGAAAAUAGAACAUAAAUGCACAAUAUUUAAAGAGAAUGGAAGGAAGAGCAUACUAAAAAUAUGAUAACAAGAGAUGAGUAUAAGUAGAAAAUCUCUGAAACAUCUUUAUAAAAUUCAAAAAAAAAAUCACAAUAAUAAAAAGUCAAAUUCUAAUAAAGCAGAUAAUUAGAACAACUACCCUCAGCAUAAUAUUCAUGA